AUGUAUAUUAAUUGCUUGCUUCUGUUCGGCUUAUUUCGUUUCACCAUCACCAAUCUAACUAGCGCUCCAGCUGAUCAGGAUCGUUUAACAAAAAGUGAACAAGACUGGCGCAGUUGGGCAAUCGGUCGGCUGUGGGAAGAGAGAGCAAAAUUCGGGCACACACCACUCAUAAAAUACCCAGUAAAAGGUCUGCCAUUUCUUCGUCUCUAUAUCAAGAAUGAGACAGCGACACCGACUCGCUCACUCAAGCAUCGAUUUGCGUGGGCGCUCGCAAUGUGGUCGGUCGUCGAUGGUUUGGUGACUCAAGAUUCGAAAACUUAUGAAUCAUCAUCAGGAAAUACGGCUGCUAGUGAAGCCUAUAUGUACUCAGCGAUCGGUGUUCCAUUUUAUGCUGUGGUUUCACAUGAUCUCGAACAGGCAAAAAUCAACAAUAUUCAAGGGAAUCAUGGUCAAAUCAUUAAGACGGACAACAGCCUUCGGGGUCAACUAGCCAAGGAAACAGCCGCAAAUACAAGUGGAUUUUAUGUAAAUCAACAUGGAAAUGCUGAAAAAGCUGAAGAGUUUACAGAAAGUGGUGAUUACAAGUAUGAAAGUGGAAAUGUUUUUCAUGAAGCUUUAGCCCAAUUGAGAGAUGAUUCGAGUGUCACCAAGAAAGAUGUUGAUUAUUUUGUGCAUGGAGCUGGGACAGGUGGGACAAUCACCUCUGUGGGCCGAUACAUUGAUCGCUACAAUUUGCCCACAAAAGUUGUCAUGGCCGAUACGGAGUUCUCAGUCUACUACGACUAUGUCUUGAAUAAUAGCUUCAAAAAUGAAUCAGGCAUGAAACUUUGGAAAGAACCUGGAGUACCUGGAGUUGGCUAUGGAUUCGAAGUAGAACCGGUGAUCUUUGGAGACACGACAAGUUUGGUGGCUUCUAUAAUUGAUGAGGUUGUGAAAUUGCCCGACAUUGCCACAGCAGCCGGAUUCAGAGAGUUCAAUUCAAGAGGUCUUCAUGGUGGACCGAGUUCAGCUUUGAACAUGUUGGGUGCCCUUAAAAUCGCGCUGAAAAACAAAAACUCGCCAAAACCAAUCUCGAUAGUGACCCUGCUAAAUGAUCCAGCUGAUUUCUACCUUAAUAACUACUUCAAUGACACAUGGAUUGAGGAAAUGUUCAAGGAUCGGGGAGGAAUGAAAGCUCUUAAUUGUUGGAGAUGGGAGAUUGCCUCAACCCUUGAUAGAGGCACUGAUUUUCUUGAGAAUGGCAUGCAGAAUUGCAAACCGAAU